CGUACAGUACCCACCGGUACUGCAGGGUUAGCUGUGACAUCAGUAUCUUUUUUGGAUCUUUUUUUGUAGCAUACUGUAAUCAACGCGCGCUUGCAUCAGAAUGAUCCCGUCAUCCCCGAGAAGAUAAUUCACUACGGUAUCAGGUUCCCUGUGCCUGCCAUCUGUUUCUCUGAUAGAGAUCUCAUAGCUAGCUACCGGUAGCUACGAGCAAGUCGUUGGUUUUGAAGUAAUAACGGACCCAACAGUGCUGUACAAGCGCACGACUGUAACAGAUCGAACAUUCGGAAGCAAAACAAAAAGGUGCUACAUGAAUUUGAGUCCUUGGGCCGUUGGGUAUUUUGUGUUUGUGUCGUCCCUUUCUUCUUCCGUCACAGCGAACAACGGCAACAGCAGCAACAACAAAGGGUUUAUUAGCCGUCCCGCGUUUCUCCCCAAAGAACACACAAAAGAUAUUCCCAAAACUGGUGAUUUCGACAGGAUGAGUUAUGCUCAAUGGACACUGAAAUGCACGGACGUCCCUCAGUUUGAUGCUCUGGAAGCGGCUGCGGCAUCCUUUCGCACAGACGACAAGUUACACCUUCGAAAUCUUUGCAAUGAUAGCGCCCGUUGUGCCGGGCUGACGGCUGUCCACAUGAACGAGGGAGGCCGUCGACGAUUGCAUUUGGACUACAGUCGACAACAAGUGACAGGAGAAGUCAUGGAGUUACUCUAUGAUUUGGCGGAUGCAGUGAAUUUCCACGAUCGUCGAGAAGCUAUGCGACGCGGUGCUCUCAUCAAUUCGACCGAAGAACGAGCCGUCAUGCAUCAUGUCCUGCGAAUGCCCAGAGGAUAUGAUUUUAGCAUUUAUGGGACACCAAUCAACGGCAGCAGUGCGCAUUAUGGAAGAGCAGCAGGAAGAGGCUUCCAGAAAAGCGAAGGCAACGUUCUGCUGCAGAACGUUCAUCGUGUUCAGGAGAAAAUCGAACGCUUCAGCAACAAAGUCCGAUCUGGAGAGAUCAGGGGAGUGACCGGAAAACGCCUCAAGAAUUUUGUUUGCAUUGGCAUUGGUGGAUCUCAGCUAGGCGCUGAAUUCGUUCAUGAAGCCUUUCGGGCCGAUCCAAGGGCUGCCAAGGCUGCUCAGGGAAGAACCCUCAGAUUUCUAGCCAACGUCGAUCCAGUUGACUUCUACUUGACCACCAAAGAUUUGGAUCCAGCAGAAACCUUAAUCAUUGUGGCCAGCAAAACGUUCUCGACGGCAGAGACUAUGCUCAAUGCACGUACGGUUCGAAAGUGGCUUGAUGAUUCAUUAGCCAGCAUAUCCAUCAAACAAGCAGAUAUCACGGCAAAGCACAUGAUCGCCGUCAGCUCCAAUCCAGACUUAUGCAAGAAAUUCGGAAUUCUAGAACAGAACGUCUUUGGUUUCUGGGAUUGGGUGGGAGGUCGAUUUUCUGUCUGUUCGGCAGUUGGUCUCGUACCCUUGUCCCUCCAAUUCUCUUUUGAAGUCAUGGAAGAGUUUCUUGCUGGCGCCCAUGAUAUCGACGAACACUUUUUCAAUGCACCCCCUCGCGACAACAUCCCUGUCAUUCUGGGAUUAUUGGGUGUCUGGAACUCUACUUUUUUGGGAUAUGGUACCCGGGCCCUGCUUCCAUAUGCGCAAGCCUUGAGGCGCUUUCCUGCCCACAUUCAACAAGUCGACAUGGAAAGCAAUGGCAAGAGUGUAGCACUUGAUGGGACACCCCUCCUCCAUGAAAGCGGCGAGAUUCUUUUUGGUGAACCAGGAACAAAUGGGCAACAUAGCUUCUACCAGUGUUUGCAUCAAGGACGUGUCGUACCAGCUGACUUUAUUGGUUUCAUGGAAUCGCAGCAACCGUUCGCUCUGGAGAAGGAAGUUGCCAAUCAUGAUGAAUUGAUGUCCAACUUUUUUGCCCAGCCAGAUGCACUGGCAUACGGAAAGACUCUUGUGGACCUGAUUCAGGAAGGAGUCCCUGCUCCAUUGAGACAGCACAUGGUAUUUGCUGGCAAUCGUCCAUCUUCUAGCAUCCUCAUGACCAAACUGGAUGUCUUUGCAGUAGGACAGCUCCUUGCUCUGUAUGAACACCGAACUGCUGUACAAGGUUUCAUUUGGGGUAUUAACAGUUUCGACCAAUUCGGCGUAGAGCUAGGGAAGGUAAUGGCCAAGAACGUGCGAACGCAAAUCACUGCUGCUCGCCUCAGAGGAGUGUCUGUGCAAGGAUUCAACGGUUCCACCACUUCACUUUUGGAACUCUAUUUGAACCAUGGAAAAAUGAUGGAACACGAGGAAUAGUUUUUGUAACGUUCUUUUAAAACAUGUAUCUCUUCUUCU